CGUCAUCACUACGCGUCCACGUCUACAUAUUUCACACAAUAUCAAACUGAGCAUCCUCUCUUACAAGACCAAGUCAUUCUACUUGUAGUCUGCAUGCUGGAAGGUCCAAGCUAUGUUGACGAAAGCAGAAGAAAGGAAACCACAGAAAGGGGGAGGAAAGAAGAGGAGACACCCCGGGGAAGAUGGAGAUGGAGAAGGAGGAGAGAGGAAGAGGAGGGGUGGUGGUGAAGAAGGAGACGGAGGCAGGAAGCGUCUGGACGCCCUGAGUGUGGGCUAUUUUCGCCGAGUUGGGGAAAGACUCAGUGAAGGCUUUGAAGAUAAUGAGGAGAGAGGGAUGUUUGUGGAGAACGUCCUCACAGAAGUUAAAGGUAAAGCGGCGGUGGUGGCGAUGGACCAGACGGGAAGCAUCACCCUGCAGCGGCUGCUCCUGCUGUGCAGUCUUGACCAGGCGGCCGAGGUGUUGGCCGAACUGGGCGGUGAAUCGGGGUCCGGGUUUAAGGCGGUUUGUUGUGACCGGUGCAGCAGCCACAUCGUGGAGAGUGCAGUCAGACAGAUAUCCAGGUGGAUGGAGUUGUCGUCUGCUACCACAGAAGAAGAAGAGGAGAGUUGUGGGGUGUUGGAGGCCCAGGUGUUGUCUUUAAGUCAGGUAGUGAGAGACAACAUCGCGGAGUUCAUCAAACAUGUUCAUGGCUCACACGUGGUCCGCACACUUCUACAUGUGCUGGCCGGCUGUCUCGGACCCCCCCGCACUGAGUCUCGUCCAGGUGCAAAGGAACGCAAUGCUGUUCCCCAGCUGACAGACUUUGAGAUUCCCACUUCAUUCUGGUACGAGCUGAAAAGCCUCACAGAGACCUUGAUGGACAACGUUAAUUUGAGUGUGACCGAUGCUGUAGCCAGUGCAGUGUUCCAGACCAUGUUGACGGUGUGUCACAGAAAACGGCCUAAACUCUGCAAACAGCUCCUCAAAGGCAUCAUGGAGUACCUGACAAGUCGCAAUGCCGCUCCAGGAGUGAGUCCACUUCUGGUCUUUCUCAAGGACCCGGCCUCCAGUCACCUCAUUGAGACGAUCGUACAGCUAUCCCACAAAUCCCUUCUUCGGGACCUCUAUAAGAACCACCUCAAGGGUCAUCUGGUUGACUUAGCCCUCCAUUCCAUCGCCAACUUCCCCAUACAGAGGCUGACCGCUGCCUCGGCCAAACACAAACUGUUCCUGAGGUUGUUCGAUGAGCUGAUCCAAGGCGUGGAGGCCAUCUUGGCCGCAGGUCACAUGGGCGUGAUUGUCCAACUGGCCGAGAGCUGUGCAGAAAGUGGAGAGAAACAGGAAGAUUUGGUGCAGCGCCUCCUCCAUGCGUUCCACUGCGCUGAGCCCGGCUCUCGACACGUCAGCUGCCUCCCUCUCUUCAUGUCCCUGAUCACCUACGAGGUGUACUACCACUCUGACACAGCAGAGGGCAACAUACACACUGAGGUCCCGCUGACCUCCAUCUGUUACCACGGCUCCCGGCUGGUCCAGUCGUUGGCCAAGUUCAAGGAGCGCUCGCUCCUCCUCAGCAGCCUGCGCACCCUGACCCCCGCUGACCUCCUGACGCUGGCUUCUGACCCCUCCGGCAGCCACGUCCUCCAGGCCCUCAUCACCACAUCCAGCGACAAGGGAAGAGGCAAGAUCCUCAAGAGACUGGAGGGUCAGUAUGUCAACAUGGCGUGCUCCAGGUUGGGCAGUCGGGUGCUGGAGGCCGUAUGGAACAGCGCUUCAGUCAGUCACAGGCAGAGCAUCGCACAGGAACUAGUGCAGAGUGAAAGUCAGCUGAGGUCACAUCAGUUUGCUCGCCAUGUGUGGGCCAAAUUUGCCCUCUCCCACUUCAUCCACAGAAGAUCUCACUGGCAGGAAAUACAGAGCGGCGAGUCCAAGAAGCGAAAGCUCUUCAGUGACAUUCUGGAGUAAACAAUUUUUUUUAUAUAAUUUCAGUGUUUUUCACUCUGUAAAUGGAUAAACAAAUAAAGAACAUAUAUUGUUA